CGCGAGAUUUAGCGAUAGCAGCGAAGACUCUCCUGUUCGUGGUAUAUAUAUAUAUACAUAGUCCCAACAAGUAACUUAUAAGAAGCUGUUAAGUCAGUAUAAAGAACGUCGCACAGAUUUGAAUAUGUAAUACCCAAAAAUUACAAUAUUGUCGCUAUUACCUGAGAAGUCUGGAUUGUUUUAAAGAUGAAGUAGAGAUGCUGCCCGGUCGCUAAUAUGCUGCAGUUAGCUACAUGCUAAAGUUAGCCUCGUCUGGGACAACAAUUUUCCGAGUAUUUAUUGUAGUGUCAGGUUUCUAUUCACAGUUAUCUAACAAUGAAGUGUCACUAUGAAGUAUUAGGUGUGAAACGAGACGCAGGAGAUGAUGAUUUGAAGAAAGCCUAUCGUAAACUAGCAUUGAAAUGGCAUCCAGAUAAAAACUUGGACAAUGCUGAGGAUGCGGCGGAGCAGUUCAAGUUGAUUCAGGCAGCUUAUGAGGUCCUGAGUGAUCCACAGGAGAGAGCUUGGUAUGACAAUCAUAGAGAGGCUCUGCUGAAAGGAGGACUGAGUGGAGACUACGAAGAUGACAGCAUUGACCUGCUGCAGUACUUCACAGUCACCUGUUAUUCUGGCUAUGGAGAUGAUGAGAAGGGUUUCUACACAGUUUACAGGAAUCUUUUCGAGUCCAUUGUUAAAGAGGAGAUGGAGCAAGGCAGGGUGGAGGACGAGGAAGACGAGGAGGAGUUUCCUCCCUUUGGAGACUCUCAGAGUGAUUAUGAUACCGUCGUACAUGUGUUUUACGGCUACUGGCAGAGCUUCUGCACUCGUAAAAACUUUGCCUGGAAGGAGGAGUAUGAUACGAGGCAGGCCUCCAACCGCUGGGAAAAAAGGGCCAUGGAGAAGGAGAACAAGAAGACCAGAGACAAGGCUCGAAAGGAGCGCAACGAACUGGUGCGACAACUAGUGGCUUUUGUUCGCAAGCGUGACCGACGUGUGCAGGCCCACAGGAAGCUGGUGGAGGAGCAGAACGCUGAGAAGAUCAAGAAGGUGGAGGAGCUGAGGCGGAAGCAGAAGCUCAGCCAGGCAAAACUGGCAGAGGAAUACAAAGAGCAGAGCUGGGCGGCCAUGUCUGAACUCGAGAAGGAGCUGCAGCAGAUAGAGGCUCAGUACGGAGAAGAGUUUGGAGAUGCAUCAGAGAGUGAGGAAGAAGAGCAGGAUAUGGACACACGGGAGAAGAACAGUGAAGAGGGAGGAGAUGCAGACCAGCCUGACGGAGAUGAACUGACAAUCGACUACUAUGAUGACCUGUACUGCCCAGCCUGUGACAAAUCCUUCAAAUCAGAUAAAGCUAUGAAAAACCAUGAAAAAUCCAAAAAGCACCGGGAGAUGGUGGCAUUGCUGCGGCAACAGCUGAAGGAGGAAGAGGAUUCGCUUGGUUUGAACCUCAACGAAAAGCAGGGAAGAAAUGAGGAAGAUGAGCAGGAAGAGGAGGAGGAGGAGGAAGUUGAAGAGGAGCAGGAAAAGCCAAGGCAAAAGCUGUCCAAAAAACAAAAGAGGAAAAAGAAACAGAAGGAAGCAGUAAAUCGGACUGCUCCAGAGGAAGAGGAGGAGAAACCAACACCAACACCAACACCCACCACCUGCGAGGAAGAUGCCCCUGAGAAGUCAGCAGACCCUACAGAGCCUGAGAAGCAGGAUGAUCUCCCUCCCACAGAGGUCAAGAGCUCCGGGAAGACGAAGGGAAAGAAGGGAGGAGGAAAAGACAAACCGAAGAACGUCAAGUCAAACACAGGAGGAGAGCAGUUUCCUGAGAAGGAAGUAAACCUCUGCUGUGUGACCUGUAACAACGAGUUCCCGACGAGAAACAAGUUGUUUGACCAUCUGAAGACCAGCGGCCAUGCCAUUGCUGUCUCCUCAAAUGCUUCUCACAGCUCCAUGAGCAAGAGUAAAAAGGACAAGAAGAAAAACAGAUAACACAUCAUUAUCUGGGCAGAUGAUGAACCUGAGAGUUUGAUUCAGUAAGGACACAAGAAACAGCACUCUGAGAAGUCUCUCAGGAGGGAGAUGAACUAUAAAAAUAAAAAAAUAAAAAAAAGCCUUUGAAGUGGACCUUAAUGGACUGGAUUGGCUGACCAGAGAGCAGAUAGUUUUUUUCAAUUACUCAUUAAACAUGUUCAGUGUGACAGCUGUGUAUGCGAGAGAUUGAAUCUUCCACAUUGGACUGACUAAAAUGUUCUGAGCAGUUUUCCAGUAUCUUUCACAGUAACUUAUGAAUGAUAAAACAGAUACACAUUCAUCCCCAUUAUCAAAUACUUUACUGUUUUAAGACCCAUCUCUCUUUGUUUGUCAUGAAGAGCUCUGUAGUGGUAUUACUGCAUCGUAAAAAAUAAAGGUGAUACUGCACGUUGGUAUUUAUACAACAA